CAGCAGCGGCGGCAGCGGCCCCCCGCGCAGGCGCGGCCCCCCUCCGCCCCCCCGCGGGCCGAGCCGCAGGGCCGGGGGCGGUGGCGGUGGCUGGAGCGGGCCGGCCCGACCCGACCCGGCACCAUGUCCGCCGGCGGGGAGCUGGGGACCCCCCUGCGGAAAUUCAAGCUGGUCUUCCUGGGGGAGCAGAGCGUUGGGAAGACAUCACUGAUCACGAGGUUCAUGUAUGACAGCUUCGACAACACAUACCAGGCUACAAUUGGCAUUGACUUCUUAUCAAAAACCAUGUACCUGGAGGACCGGACGGUCCGGUUGCAGCUCUGGGACACUGCGGGCCAGGAGCGCUUCCGGAGCCUCAUCCCCAGCUACAUCCGAGACUCCACCGUGGCUGUGGUCGUCUAUGAUAUCACGAAUCUCAACUCCUUCCAGCAGACAGCCAAAUGGAUUGACGACGUCAGGACAGAAAGGGGAAGCGACGUCAUCAUCAUGCUUGUUGGCAACAAGACGGACCUCGCAGACAAGAGGCAGAUAACGAUUGAAGAAGGGGAACAGCGAGCCAAAGAACUGAAGGUCAUGUUCAUCGAGACCAGUGCAAAAACAGGAUACAACGUAAAACAGCUCUUCCGGCGUGUGGCCUCAGCUCUGCCAGGGAUGGAGAGUUCCCAGGAGAAGGGCAAAGAAGGAACCUUCGUCCCAUCAGUGGUUGACAUCAAGUUGGACAAGCCCCAGGAGGCACCAGCCAGCGAAACUGGGUGCUCGUGCUAGCCCAGAGCAGCCAGGUGCCUGCACUAUCCCCUGCUCAACACCUUGCUGCCUACAGAGGCCACUGGAGUUGGCAGCUGGGAACUGUAAUUUUUGCUCUCUGGGGCAGGAAGAUCGGGAGGCAUAGGGAAAACGUUCUCUUCACAGUCGUGGCUCUUAACUGCAGUUACGGAAAGCUUGUUUUUCUUUGUUGUUUGUUAUAAAAUACUGGGGGGGCGGGGGGAGGUUGGUGAAAAAAUCACAAAUAAAAUAGGUUGUACAACUGCCAAAAUAAAAUGUUGAGAAAGAAAAUGGGGCUGUCAUUUGGGCCACAGAGAUGUUUGCCAGUUGAACCAUUAUAACAUGUUGUAGGGAGGGAGGGGAGGGUUCUUGUACCUGUUUUGUGCUUCUCUUUGGAAGAAAGCUUUGGAUUUUGGUCAUCUGUAAACUGCUGUCCAGCCAAGGGAGCAGGGUUUGCCUCAGCGCUGGAAAAUGGCAUGGCUCAUCUCUCUCCCAGCAGGCACACGGCCCACCUGCCCCUGCAGUGUGCACAAAACCCUGUCUACUGCUAACAAAUACUAAUAAAAAAGCAGUGCAACAAGGCACAUUGCAAAUAACCCUG